AUGAGGUGUGCAUUUAACUGGCAGGAUAGGAUACCCAUUGUGAAAUGGCUGCCAAGAUAUUCAUUUUAUGCAUUCCAAUGUGACUUUAUCGCAGGCAUUACAGUUGCUUUAAUGGUCAUACCGCAAGGUCUUGCCUAUGCAGUGAUAGCUGGCUUGCCAACACAGUACGGCUUAUAUAGUGCCUUUAUGGGAGGCUUUGUCUAUUGCUUACUUGGUUCCACCAAAGACUUAGCCGUUGGUCCUGCAGCAAUAAUGGCUUUGAUGGCUGGUGCUUUUGGACGGAAAAAUGACCCAAAUUUUGCUAUAACUUUGAGCUUAUUUAGUGGUGUUAUAUUACUUUUCAUGGGUAUUCUAUCACUUGGGUUUAUUGUUCGUUUAAUUCCGGUUCCCGUUGUCAGUGGCUUCACAUCGGCUGCAUCAAUCAUUAUAGCAUGCGAACAGUUACCAAAUUUGCUUGGGUUAACAGCAGACUCGGACGAAUUUUUCCCUUUGCUAAAAGAGAUGUUUAGUAAUAUUUCGCAGACAAAAACAUGGGACGUGGUUCUUGGCGUGAUUUGCAUGGCAAUGCUAGAACUUAUGAGAUACUUUAGUAAAAUCCAGUGGCCUUCCGAAAACGAGUUUCCUCCGACGUUGCCGCAGAAAAUUGCGAGGAAGUUUAUUUGGGUUAUGGAAAUUGGACGGAAUGCUGUGAUUGUAUUUGCCUGCAUGUUGAUAGCUUACGCAUUUCAUUGCAGGGAUAAGCAUCCAUUUUCAUUGACUGGCAAGGUUCCGGAAGGUCUGCCUCCAUUUAAGGUAUAG